CGACCAAUAGGAUUGUGCAAAGCGUCCUAAGCGGAUGUCACAUCCGGUCUGAACAGCCGGCAGGAUUGAAGGAAAAAUCUGGAGUAUUCCCCUAGUUGUGUCGUUUAUCUUUAAACACGCUUGAUUUGAGUUUAUUCGUGCUGACACAAUGACUUUCGAUGUGCGGAGGUUCGAUAUCUACAGGAAAGUGCCCAAAGAUCUUACCCAGCCCACGUAUACUGGAGCUUUCAUUUCAAUAUGUUGCUGCUUCUUCAUGUUGUUCCUCUUUCUCUCAGAACUGACGGGAUUCAUCGCUACAGAAAUAGUAAAUGAACUGUAUGUGGAUGACCCCGAUAAGGACAGUGGGGGGAAGAUAGAUGUGAGUGUAAACAUCAGUUUGCCAAACUUACACUGUGAUUUGGUGGGUUUGGACAUCCAGGAUGAGAUGGGGCGGCAUGAAGUGGGCCACAUAGAGAAUUCAAUGAAAGUGCCUCUAAACAACGGUCACGGGUGCCGCUUUGAAGGGGAGUUCAGUAUUAAUAAAGUUCCAGGAAACUUUCAUGUGUCAACACAUAGUGCGACUGCUCAGCCUCAGAGCCCUGAUAUGACCCACAUCAUCCACAAACUUGCCUUUGGGGAGAAGCUUCAGGUGCAGCAUGUCCAGGGGGCUUUUAAUGCAUUAGGUGGAGCCAACAGACUUCAGUCCAAUGCUUUAGCAUCUCACGAUUACAUUCUGAAGAUCGUCCCUACAGUUUAUGAGGACCUGGGAGGGAAGCAGAGAUUUUCCUACCAGUACACUGUGGCAAACAAGGAGUAUGUGGCGUACAGCCAUACUGGACGCAUCAUCCCAGCGAUAUGGUUUCGCUAUGACCUGAGUCCAAUCACAGUGAAAUACACAGAGAGGAGACAGCCCUUCUACCGCUUCAUCACUACUAUUUGCGCUAUCAUCGGCGGGACAUUCACAGUGGCCGGCAUCAUUGACUCCUGCAUAUUCACAGCCUCUGAAGCCUGGAAGAAAAUCCAGAUUGGGAAAAUGUCAUGAGUAUUCAUAUCUACGUACCAUGUCUUUUAUUUAUGCCAGCUAAACCUCUGCACACCUGUCAGUACAACCUGACCCACACUAGCCACAACUGGAAAACAUUGUCACUCCAGUUCAUUUCUUGGUGUGCUCAUUUGGAUAGACUGGUUUUUAUCUCUAAACAUUUAAUACAAUGAAUUACAGGGAUUUCAUUUGGAGGAUGUAGGUGGUUUCUGACUUCAAUGCCAUAUUAAUUCACCCAAAACUUUAAUAGUGGAACUGAUGUGGAAGGAACCUGUCUCACUCAUUGGUAGGACGCCAGUGUUUCCUCAUUCAAAUAGACGUUACUGAGAUGUGUAAGUGUUACAUACCAGGCAUUGUGUCCCUUUGAUUGGUUUAAAUAGAAUUCCACAAGAGAAAUAAUAACUGAAUUCAGUAUGUACCUUCAUAGGAAUUGAACUGUUUACCAAGUCCUGCUUGGGUUUAUCUCAUGAAACCUGUCAAAGAGCAUAUCUUAUUGGAGUUCUGGGGUCAUAUUGCACCUCAAAAUUCAAUGAAUUAUUAUAAUUUUUUUAAUUAAUAAAUAAAAAAAAUGAUUUGAAAAAAAUUUUUACAUUGUGAUUUAUUUGCAUGACAAUUAAACCCAUUUCCCCCAAUUCUCAUUACACUAUACAAAUAAUUAUAUAUUGGUAUUAGUAUAUUGGAUUAUAUCAUGUAGCUUUUAAUAUGUGCAGAUUUAAAUUAUUUUACUGCAUUUUUACAGUAUUGUAUUACACUACUGGGAAUUAUCAUUGUCAGAAUAAUGUACAAAUGCAUUAUGGUAAUGAGAAUUUGUGGUUAAAUGUAUUUAAUUAUCAUGAAAAUGUCACAAUCCAAAUUAUUUUAAUGUUCCUAAAAUUGGAUUGAUUUUCUUAUUUCUUUGAUUUGGGGGUGAGCUGUCACCUGUAUGUAUUUCAUGCGAUGAACCUGUAGGUUUUUAAAGAAGUGCAUGCUGGUUUUAUUUAGGUUUAAUUAAGUCAUGUGGAUUCCCAUAUUGUCUUUUCAUGGUAUAUUUUAGUUAUCUUGCACUCCGGUGGCAUUCUGAUUGUAGACCUGUAUUUUACUUUGUUUGUUUGAUUGAAGGGAAAUUAUGAAUGUCGUCUUUUUUACCUGAAAGACUGUCGAAGGAAUGCUUUUUGUUUAUAUCCAUGUCUGUAAAGGUACUCUCUAUGGUUUAAUGAUACUUUUAUUUCCUCAGUCCAUAAUGUUUAUUGGUUGACCUUUUAUUGUUUUGAAGAUUAGGCUGGAAACGUGUUAUUUACGUCUUGUCAAGUGUUACCUCUCAACACUGCUGUAAAGAGGCUGAAUAAUUUCCUUUCAGUGUUUUGACCAUGUUCUAAAAAUCUGGUUGUACUGGUUACACAGGACUGUUCCACAUGAAAACAGGCUAUGCGUCAAAUGUGUGAUGUGUCGUUGCCACUAGUUGACAUGACAACAGAAGUGUAUUUUCACUACAUUUAAUGAGAACAGAAACCACAACCUACAUUUCAGCUUCGCUGCACAAGCUACUUGGAAAUGUCAUGGUCUUUUAGAACCUUUAAAGUUAAUUGUUUUUUUGUCAAACGUUAAUCAGACAAACCAUGAUGGUUGAGUUUCCGUGCUCAUUUCAGAAGUUUUCAUUUAGCCCUACUCGAUCAUGUGGUCACAUGGAUGUCAUCUUCUGGGCUACGCCACUUUUUUCUGUCUUUGUUUACCAUGUUUAGAAUAAACCACAGCAACAGCC